AUGGAAUUUUAACAUUUUCAGUAUUAACUGAGUUGGAUUUAUUUGGCUUAUCAACUGAUCUCAGACAAUCCGAAUUUCGAAUUACCCAUUUUAUUGGAAUUACUAUUUUCAUCCAUAAUUAAGAUAAUUAUUUCCUUCGAAACCUACAAUUCCACUUUUUAUUACAACAGCACCACUGCCUUCAUCUAUGCUCUGGGUCUCAUUAUCUACUUCUAUUAAAAAAGCAAGGAAUCAUUCAUCAAAUCAUUAGACUUAGAAUUAGUUACUCCCAAAAUUAAUGAAUUUCAAAGAAUAUUCACAAACAAAACAUAAACUCCAAGAAAUCAUGAAAUAUAAAUUUUUGACCACUUGCCAAUUGGUUUGGUUGUAUUGACACAAGAUCAUGAUUUCCAAUAUAUGAACAAACGAGCAAAAACCCUAUUGGAAAGAGCUUCAAAUACUCAAAUUACAGAAGACAACGUCGUAAUUAUAAUAAAAGAACUACUAAAGAGAUGCAUAAAUGAAAAAAUAACUAGUGUAGGAAACCUAUCCAGACCCAGUUAAACGAGAAUCCACCAAUUAUUAUCCAAAUUCAAUAAUAAACAAAGAGUGAGUCUGCCCCAUUUAGAUGAUCACUUUAUAAAAUAAAUUGAUCCAAUCAAUAGUAUAUUGCAUUAGUAUAAUGAUUUUGUUCCAUACUCAUAAUAAUUCAUGGAUAACAAAGAUAGAAUUCAAUUCAAUUAUAAAGGCAAAAAACGAUGCUUUCGAUUUCAUUUUAUGAAGCAUCACUAUUAAAUUGUAAUCAAUCUAUUAGAUGAGACCUCUAAAAUUGGAAAAUUAGACUAAAAAAGCAAACAUAUUUUUUAGAAUUAAUUACUAAAUUCGUUCUCGCAUGAAUUAAAAACACCAUUAAAUUGUAUUUAAUAACUGCUUGAAGUUAUUAUGUUGAAAGUUAAUACAGAGUUAUAAGAAAAUAUUUUAAAACCAAUAAAGUGGUAAACUGAUUUAUUACUAUGUUAAAUAAAUGAUAUUCUUGAUUAUGCAUCAUUGGAAAUCAAUGAUUUCAAUUGGGAUUAUUCAUUGUUCUACUUGGAAGACUUAUUUUAAGAGUGCAUUUCAAUAUAUUUCUAGGCUUGUAAGCAAAAAAAUAUAGAACUAAAAAUAGAAUCGAGUUGUUAAAAUAAGCAUAUGAUUAAUAAUGAUUAUAAAAGAUUGAAGCAGGUGAUUGUCAAUCUUUUAAAUAACUCAAUUAAAUUUACUUAAUAGAGUGGAGAAAUAGUUUUAAAAGUAUAAGAGUUAAAACAUAAUAUGUAUUUAAUUUAAGUAAUUGAUUCUGGACUAGGUCUAUCACAAGAAUAACUUUGCUAAUUACAAAUUAAUAUUGAAUAAGACAAUUUGGAAAAUGAAUACAAUUAAUUUCAUGUUGGCCUAGGAUUAAAAGUAGCAAAUAGAUUAAUUACAGGAUUGUCAUCCUUAAAAAAAGGCUUAAAAAUAAAUUCAACUCUUAAUAAAGGGACCAUAAUCUCCUUUACAAUAGAGGAUUUCUUAGAAGAUAACAAGAGUUAAGCAUCAGAAACUCAAUUAAAAGAUUUUUAACUGAGUAGAUAGUUAAGUCAACUAACAACGAGAGAGUUUAAAUUUAUCAAAUAAAUAAUUUGUAAAUGUAAUAAAAUUUUGAUUGUUGAUGAUAUCCCUUUCAAUCACCAUGCUUUAAAAAUGAUCUUAAAUGAAUUAAAUUGUCAAGCAGACAGUGUUUACGAUGGGUAAUAAGCGAUUGAUCUUGUUUAAUAGAGAAUGAAGAACAAUAAAUGUCAUCCAUUUUAUUCGUUAAUUCUUAUGGAUAUCGAGAUGCCCAAAUUGAAUGGGUUUGAAGCAUCUCUUAAAAUUAGGUAGAUUCUUGGGGAUUCGACUGAUUAGACUACAAUAGUGAUGUGUUCAGCUUAUGAUAAUUAAGAGUGUGUCAAGAUGAGUUAGAGGUGUUAAAUGAGUGAUGUAUUGCCAAAACCAAUUACCAAAGGAAGCUUGCAGUAUAUCUUAGAAAAAUAUUUAAGAUGA